UUUGAGGAGCUGAAUAUCCCUUGAUUUCCCACGUCUCGGAUGCUGUUCGGUUUCUACUUCAUAGUUCAUCCAACCUAAGCAUCCGAAUCACGACCACGGGCUUGCCGGCUUACAUCAGACAAGUUGUACAUUGACGCCGCCUGAGUAGAACACGCAAUUCAAAGAGCUGGGUAGCUAUUUUGAGGAUUCAAAGCCAAGCUCGCGGUCUCAGAACAAGUCGCUAUUCUGAAAGAACGAAUUCUAAAAGCAUCGUGCAAAUAAAUAGAUCAGUUCCUCGCGCUAGCUAGGCGGUUGAUCUACUCGAAAGCAUCUUUAUACGAACCACAGUCGUAAUAUCUCUUCGUUCACUACGCAUCUCCUAUAUUCGACUUGACCAGCACGACUAUCACCAUGGCCGAACUGUCAACGAACUUCGAGACCCUCCAACUGCACGCAGGGCAGGUGGUUGAUCCCGUUACUAAGUCCAGGGCUGUCCCCAUCUAUGCUACCACAUCCUUCUGCUUCGAUGACUCCGCCCAUGGUGCGCGUUUGUUCGCGCUUAAGGAGUUCGGGAACAUUUACAGCCGUAUCAUGAACCCUACUGUCGACGUGCUGGAGAAGCGCAUUGCGGCACUGGAAGGUGGUGUCAUGGCCAUCGCAACCGCAUCUGGCCAAGCUGCUCAAUUCAUGGCCAUUGCCGGCCUCGCCCAAGCCGGAGACAACAUCAUCUCCACCUCCAAUCUCUACGGUGGCACGUACAACCAGCUCAAAGUCCUCUUCCCUCGACUGGGCAUCAAGACCAAGUUCGUUGAGAGCGACAACCCCGAGGACUUCGAGAGCCUGAUCGAUGACAAGACCAAGGCCAUUUACGUCGAGUCCAUCGGCAACCCCCGCUACAACAUCCCCGACUUCGAGAAGCUUACCGCCACAGCCCACCGACACGGUGUGCCUGUCAUCGUCGACAAUACCUUCGGCGCCGGCGGCUACUUUGUCCGCCCGAUCGAUCAUGGCGCUGACAUCGUCGUCCACAGCGCCACCAAGUGGAUCGGUGGCCACGGCACUACGAUCGGCGGCAUAAUCGUCGACUCGGGCAAGUUUGACUGGGGGAAGCCGGAGCACGCGAAACGGUUCCCGCACAUGAACGAGCCGUCCGAGGGGUACCACGGGCUCCGGUUCCACGACACGUUCGGGCCAAUGGGGAACAUCACGUACGCGCUCAAGACGCGCGUGGAGAUCUUGCGGGACUUGGGCGCCUGCAUGAACCCGUUCGCGGCGCAGCAGUUGAUUCUGGGGGUGGAGACGCUGAGCUUGCGGGCGGAGCGGCACGCGCAGAACGCGCAGAAGUUGGCGGAGUGGUUGGUGGCGAACGAGAAUGUUAGCUGGGUGAGCUAUCCUGGGUUGGCGAGUCACCCGAGCCAUGAGAAUGCGAAGAAGUACCUUAAGAGGGGCUUCGGUGGUGUUCUAAGCUUCGGGGUGAAGGGAGGUGGGCAGGCAGGAAGUCAGGUGGUUGAUAACUUCAAGUUGAUCUCCAAUCUGGCAAACGUUGGAGAUUCGAAGACUCUCGCCAUCCACCCGUGGACCACGACCCACGAACAGCUAGAGCCAGCGGAGCGGAUUGCGUCUGGCGUCACGGAGGACUUGAUCCGUAUUUCGGUUGGUACCGAGCACAUCGACGACAUCAUCGGUGACUUUGAGCAGUCCUUCAAGGCGUCCACCACCAAGCCCGAGGAAGCAAAGCAACCCGAGAAAGCUGCAGCACCGGUUGAAGGGACUGGUGGUGAGAAUGUGGGGACGUCCGUCUGAGCAGUUGAAUUAUAAGGGAAAUAACGAAGUGUCCGAUUUGUCCUAGAAACGCUGCUCAUCUCGUUUCACUAAUAGUACAGUUGAUCGUGUUAGAAGCCUAUGUACGACAUUAUGAAAGAUAACAAUUUUUCCGGUACCGAACGUCGUCGCCAGAUUCAUGACACC